AUGUGGCCGCUCUUCGCUCCUCGUUGAUUGUUUUGACAGAACAGAAGGGCGGAUUCUGCUGCACUUUUCUCUUCAUUUUAAUAAAAAAAACACAAAUAUUUCUGUCACAAACUGUCUCAAACAUGACGGGGACGGAGGACACCCAAACCAGCUACGAGGGUUCGUUUGGUGCUAAAGAAGCAGAGGCCAUCGUCAAAGAGAGCAUCGAUGCCACGAUCGGAGGAGAGGACUACAACAAAGACCAGAUCAACAAAUGGACCGCGGCCAUUUUAGAACGCUGCCUCAGUGACCUCUGCAAACUGGGAAAACAGUACAAGUAUAUAGUGACGUGUGCGGUGACUCAGAAAACCGGAGCUGGACUUCACGCGGCGAACUCCUGCUUCUGGGACACGGCUCUGGACGGCAGCUGCACAGUCAAAUGGGAAAACCGCACCAUGUAUUGUAUCGUCAGUGUUUUUGCUUUGUCCAUUGCUUAGAAAAACAAAUUAUUAAAGUUUAUUUAUGUUUAAAACUGCCGUAAAAUCACGUUACAAGCAUGAAAUCACGUGACGGACCGACGCAGUACCCUCUGACACCCACACGAGGGCGCUACAGUGCCACAAAUGCAGUACAACCGUAAAGUGGACUUGUUUUUGUUUUUUUCUUUCUUUCUUUGCCUUUUUCAGUGAUUAUGCCAACAAUAAAUAAAUAAAUAUAUGUUUCAGUUUUUGCUUAAAAUCUGUUAAUAUUUGACUUUUCUCAUCUGUUGUUUUGGGCCAAAUAAAAAAACACAUUUGUACAGAAA